AUGGGCAACGAAGAUUCCAAUGAAAUCUGUGAGGAUGUUGGACCUCAGCCAGAUAUAUCACCACCGCCUGAUGGUGGAUAUGGCUGGGUUAUUGUUGCCGCCUGCUUUACACUGAGCUGGUUCACAUGGGGCAUUAUAUCGACAUAUGGCGUCUAUCUCGCAGAAUAUCUGUCGCAUAACAGGUUCCCUGAGGCAAGGCCGCUUGACUACGCCCUGAUUGGUGGAUUCAACUUCUCAGUGGCCAUGAUAUUUGCUCCUUUCGUCACAAUCCUUGCUCGUGAGACUGGAGCCCGGUUUACGAUGGGUUUAGGUGUAGUUUUCCUUGUCAGUGGUUUCGUUGCUGCAUCGUUCGUGAAACGACUUUGGCAGCUUUACAUCUCACAAGGAGUUAUGGUCGGCUUGGGAAUUGGACUGGUUUACAUACCUAAUGUGGCGAUUAUCUCUCAAUGGUUCGAUAAGAAACGGAGCCUGGCAAAUGGAAUAUGCGGCGCUGGCUCUGGACUCGGGGGCUUGAUGUUCUCCUUCACCACUGAGGCGGUUAUCAGGAAACUCUCUUUGUCCUGGGCUUUUCGCAUUACUGCUAUCGUCGUUACUGUGAUGCUGUCAAUUUCUAUUGCCUUGAUUAAACAUCGCAACGAAGCGAUACAACCACCCCAGCGCGGGUUUGAUACGAAGCUGCUCCGUCGCACUGACGUGCUGUUGGUCGUUUCCUGGGCCUUUGUUUCCAUGUUCGGCUAUAUGACACUAUUGUAUUCGUUGCCUGAUUAUGCGCGCUCUAUCGGGCUUUCGAAACCCCAGGCGGCGUCCGUGAAUGCGAUGCUGAACCUCGGCACGGCCAUCGGUCGUCCACUAAUUGGUAUCUCAAGCGAUCGGUUUGGAAGGGUGCAAGUAGCAGGUUCCUUGACCUUUUUUUGCGGCAUCAUAUGCUUCGCAAUUUGGCUCCCUGGCACCCUUUAUGGCGUGCUGAUAUUGUUCGCGCUGCUAUGUGGUGGAAUGUUGGGUGUCUUUUGGGUUGCCAUCGGCCCGCUUUGCGUUGAGAUCGCGGGGCUGAGAGAGCUUCAGUCACUACUCUCGUUAUCAUGGCUCUCUGUUGUUCUUCCAACAAUGUUCGCUGAGGUAAUCGCAUUAAAGCUCCGCCGACCUGAGUCAGGGAGAGAGUAUCUGUAUCCACAGGUCUUCGCUGGCGUCUCAUAUAUUGUUGCAAGUAUGUUCUUGCUCGUUCUUUGGAAAAGGACAAGGAAUAAAUGA